UGUCCAACAGUCAUGUGUCAAAAUUAUUGAAAAAAAUACACAGUUCAAAUCCCUCGUUACUUGCUAGUUGCCUGCUAGACUGGAAUCUCCCUAGGGGAACGUGCAUUGUUUACAAGUCAGCACUUAUUAAUUACAAGUGUCACUGUCUGUGAUAACCUAAUUCCGUAAGACACUCAUCAGAAAGAUAAAUAAAUGGGAGAUUCUCAACCUAGAUUCACACUCGUACCUAAAAUCAUCAAUGGAGGCAUUGCCGGUAUCAUCGGGGUAUCUUGCGUAUUCCCAUUGGAUUUGGUCAAAACGCGACUGCAAAACCAAAAAAUCGGUCCGAAUGGCGAGAGGAUGUACACGUCAAUACUCGAUUGCAUGAGGAAAACCUAUAAAGCAGAAGGUUACUUCGGGAUGUAUCGGGGAUCUGGAGUCAACAUUUUGCUGAUAACCCCGGAAAAAGCAAUAAAAUUGGCAGCUAACGACUUCUUCAGGCACUACUUGACAACAUCCGACGGUAAACUUCCGAUGAUCAGACAAAUGGCGGCGGGGGGUCUGGCAGGUUUCUGCCAAAUUGUGAUAACGACCCCUAUGGAACUCCUUAAGAUCCAGAUGCAGGACGCAGGAAGGGUCACUGCAGCCGCCCUAGCUGAGGGAAAACCUGUACCAAAGAUAACAGCAACUAGUUUGACGAUAAACCUCCUUAAAACUCACGGCUUGCUUGGGUUGUAUAAGGGUGUCGGUGCUACAAUGGCCAGAGAUGUUACGUUCUCGAUUGUGUACUUCCCCCUCUUCGCUACUCUCAAUAGUUUAGGGCCUAAAAGAAAAGAUGGAUCUGGCGAAUCUGUCUUCUGGUGUUCCUUCAUAUCAGGCUGUGCGGCAGGAUGUACAGCAGCUCUUUUUGUUAACCCCAUAGACGUAGUUAAGACCAGGUUACAAGCUCUCACUAAGGCUGAAGGUGAUAGGGCAUAUAAUGGAGUGGUCGACGCUUUCGUAAAGAUAAUGAAAUAUGAAGGGCCCUCAGCUUUCUUCAGAGGCGGAGGUUGCAGGUGCAUGGUGAUAGCCCCAUUGUUCGGUAUUGCCCAGAUGGUAUAUUACCUAGGAGUAGCUGAAUUCCUUCUUGGUAUGGGCCAAAGGAAGUUGUAAAUCUGCGUAGGAGGUAGUUCGGAUGAAAUGGUGGGGCAUGCUGGAAAUGCUUCCAUCGCUAUCAAAUAGGUAUCAAUUAAAAUCUCUCCUUUGGAAGGAUAAUUAUGUUGUCAAUUAAUUUUUCAUGAAACUUGGAAAAAUCGAUGAACUUCAUGCCUACACCAAACCCUCUCUAAGCUGCUAAUUUAUAGGCGAAACUGAGUUAAAUUGCGACUUAAUGACAAGAAAAAAAUUACAAUAUGUUGGAAAUUUUGCGAUAAAUCACAAAUUUGAAUUCUGUUGGGCGGAUUAGAUUCGUUGUAGAAUCCAUAAGUGCAACCACCUGAUUUGUUUUUACUUAAUUGAUUAAAUAAUUUUUAUUGUGUUCUUAUUUCCAUUCCAUUUAUGCUUUUCAGCUUUUUUGCAGUAUUUCGUUCGCAUUUCAUGACUCUCUUCUAAGUAUAUUAUUUUGCUGCAUUAUGUGUACACUUUUAUUUUUGUAUACAUUUUUAAUUUCUGCUCAAUAAAGUUAUUCUAUUUA